GAGCCGGGAGCCUGUGGGUGCUCAUAUGUAUGCCGACCGGUGCGCGGGCGCGAGAUAGGGCUGUGGUUUAUUUGUGUGUUUAUUCGCCGGCCGGCUGGGAAGCUAGAAUCGGAGGAUCCGAGGAGUAGAUCUAGGGCGAAGGGAAGCAGAACUGGGACUCAGUUGGGUUUUGUUUCUCUUUGCAAAACGUGGUGGGCUCUUUUUUCCUGACUAGACUUGACCAGCCCCCCGCCCCAGGUUUUUUUUUGGGGGGGGGAGGGGCACCGUGGCCGUGCGCUCUGGAGGGUCUCCAGCGCUCCGGGCCCUUCUCGGCUCUCGGCGGGACCCGCCGUGGCGCCGGAGCUCGCAGUUGCGCUCCCGGCCGCGCUCGGUGGGUGCUCGGCUUUGCACCUGAUGCGUUCGGGAUGCUUUUCUCACCCCAGCAACCUUGCGGCUCGCUUGCAGAGCCACUGGAACUCCCGCACGCGCUCGAAAUGCGCACGAUCUCGCCGGCCCGCGGACCCGCUGGAACGCACAGACGCGCUCGGCAGAGACUCGCUCGCCAAGCUCCCCGGGACGCUCGCAAUGUGCUUGGGCCCGGCGCGCCGGCUGCUGGGCGCCACCAGCCCGAAGCCCGGGACCUUGCUCAUCGCUUCCAGGGGUCACGGCCCUGGGGCGGAGAGGGAGAGCCCGCAGACCCCUUUUCGUCUUUCCUCCCCCAACUCGCUGUCGGGCUUUUGUGCUUCUCCUUCGCCGCGGGGCGGGUCAGCCUCCUCGCAGCUCUCGCCCAGGCGUCCGGCCCGCCCGGAGUCUCGCCUUUCGUCCGGGUCUCUUUCGCUUUCCCUCUUGCUAGCCCGACUGCCUUUCUCUUUUCCGUCUGGCUCCCUCGGAAAAGUUGCUUCUCCAAGUUUGCUGAAGUCUUCAAGUCUCCGUGGGGGUGGCUGAGAUCUAGGGGUGUAUGAGAGCGCGAUCGAUCCCCGGAGCUCGAGAGGGUUAGCGCUGGCUUUCCCUCGCGCCGCAGGGCUGGGCGCUGCAACCAGCGCCAGCCGGAUCGCGGGCGCCAAGCCGCGGGUGGCGGGGACCGCUGACCGAGGUCCCCCUGAUUUCCCUCAGGACCCAAGGAGUUUGCGUCGGGGAAGGAAUUCGGCCCAGGAAAUCCACCCUGCCCCACCACGCAGAGCCAGGAAGGAAAGAGAGCCUCAUGCCUAAGCCUCGGGGCGCACCAUGGAUCUGACAAAGAUGGGCAUGAUCCAGCUGCAGAACCCCAGCCACCCCACGGGGCUCCUGUGCAAGGCCAACCAGAUGCGGCUGGCCGGGACGCUGUGCGAUGUGGUCAUCAUGGUGGACAGCCAGGAGUUCCAUGCCCACCGGACCGUGCUGGCCUGCACCAGCAAGAUGUUUGAGAUCCUCUUCCACCGCAACAGCCAGCACUAUACUCUGGACUUCCUCUCUCCAAAGACCUUCCAGCAGAUUCUGGAGUAUGCAUACACGGCCACGCUGCAAGCCAAGGCGGAAGACCUGGAUGACCUGCUGUAUGCGGCUGAGAUCCUGGAGAUUGAGUACCUGGAGGAGCAGUGCCUGAAGAUCCUGGAGACCAUCCAAGCCUCAGACGACAAUGACACGGAGGCCACCAUGGCGGAUGGCGGGGCCGAGGAAGAAGAGGACCGCAAGGCUCGGUAUCUCAAGAACAUCUUCAUCUCGAAGCAUUCCAGUGAGGAGAGUGGGUAUGCCAGCGUGGCUGCCCAGAGCCUCCCUGGGCCCAUGGUGGACCAGAGCCCUUCUGUCUCCACCUCGUUUGGUCUUUCAGCCAUGAGUCCCACCAAGGCGGCGGUGGACAGUUUGAUGACCAUAGGGCAGUCUCUCCUGCAGGGGGCUCUUCAGCCUCCUGCCGGGCCUGAGGAGCCGACUCUGGCCGGGGGAGGUCGGCACCCUGCGGUGGCCGAGGUGAAGCCGGAGAUGAUGCAGGUGGAUGAGGUGCCCGGCCAGGACAGCCCUGGGGCAGCCGAGUCUAGCAUCUUGGCUGGGAUGGGGGACAAGGUUGAGGAAAGGGGGAAGGAGGGGCCCGGAACCCCAACUCGGAGCAGCGUCAUCACCAGCGCUCGGGAGCUGCACUAUGGACGCGAGGAGAGUGCUGAGCAGCUGCCCCCUCCCACCGAGGCUGGCCAGGGCCCCCCAGGCCGACCAGAGCCUCCCGCGCCCCCAGCCGAGAAGCACCUGGGCAUCUACCCCGUGUUGCCCAACCACAAGGCCGAUGCCGUGUUGAGCAUGCCAUCCUCGGUGACCUCCGGCCUCCACGUGCAGCCCACCCUGGCUGUCUCCAUGGACUUUAGCACCUACGGGGGUCUGCUGCCCCAGGGCUUCAUCCAGAGGGAGCUAUUCAGCAAGCUGGGGGAGCUGGCUGUGGGCAUGAAGUCAGAGAGUCGCAGCGUCGGGGAGCAGUGCAGCGUGUGCGGGGUGGAGCUUCCUGACAACGAGGCAGUGGAGCAGCACAGGAAGCUGCACAGUGGGAUGAAGACGUACGGGUGUGAGCUCUGCGGAAAGCGGUUCCUGGAUAGUUUGCGACUGAGAAUGCACUUACUGGCUCAUUCAGCGGGUGCCAAAGCCUUUGUCUGUGAUCAGUGCGGUGCCCAGUUUUCGAAGGAGGAUGCCCUGGAGACACACAGGCAGACCCAUACCGGCACGGACAUGGCUGUCUUCUGUCUGCUGUGCGGGAAGCGUUUCCAGGCCCAGAGCGCGCUCCAGCAGCACAUGGAAGUCCACGCGGGCGUACGCAGCUACAUCUGCAGCGAGUGCAACCGCACCUUCCCCAGCCACACCGCCCUCAAACGCCACCUGCGCUCACAUACAGGUGACCACCCGUAUGAGUGUGAGUUCUGUGGCAGCUGCUUCCGGGAUGAGAGCACACUCAAGAGCCACAAGCGCAUCCACACGGGCGAGAAACCCUACGAGUGCAAUGGCUGUGGCAAGAAGUUCAGCCUCAAGCACCAGCUGGAGACGCACUAUCGAGUGCAUACAGGAGAGAAGCCCUUCGAGUGUAAGCUGUGCCAUCAGCGCUCCCGGGACUACUCGGCCAUGAUCAAGCACCUGCGGACCCACAACGGCGCCUCGCCCUACCAGUGCACCAUCUGCACGGAGUACUGCCCCAGCCUGUCCUCCAUGCAGAAGCACAUGAAGGGCCACAAGCCCGAGGAGAUCCCGCCCGACUGGAGGAUAGAGAAGACGUACCUCUACCUGUGUUACGUGUGAGGCCAGCCUGCGGCCACGGCGGAGGAGCAGGAGCAGGAGAAGCGUUAGAGCAGGAUGACGUCCAGAAGGACUGUGCAAAAACCACCACAAAAAACAAAAAGCAAACAAAAAAAGAAAGAAAAAGAGAGAGAAGGACAAGGGAACCUGGGGGCUGUCUGGCUCUGGAUUCCCUCUGGGGCUCCAGGUGACCUGGCUGCCUGGCCGAGCCCCCUGCCACCCGAGGGCCUGGCCCUCCUUUCCUGGCUGGAGGUCGGCCAGCUCUUCUUGGGUGGGGGGUGGGGGGGAUUUUGUUCAGCUCAGAUGGUGGGAUGUUUUUCUCUUCCUUCCACUCAGAUCCUCCUUUUGUGUCCAGAGGUGGCGUCCAGGCGGGGAGGGAAGGAUUCUCUGGUUGGAGUCAAACCAUCUUUGCCUGCCAUCCUCUCACGACUCCUGGGAAGACAGGGCUGAGGGAUGGGUGGGGUGGGAGGUUGCGGAGAGGGGGCCUGCAGGCGGUGGGGCUGGGCUGGGUCGCUGGUUGAUGCUCACAAAGGCAGCUCUGGUUUGCUGGGGGCAGACGGGGGCAGGGAGGGGCGCCUCUACGCUUCCCCCGCUCCAUCCAUUGUUGGCUCUUCUCCACUCAGCCAUGCCGGGUGGCCCCUCGUGGUCUUCAGGGCCCUUUCCCCCAAUCCUGUGGCCCCCUGGCUCCCUUCCUCGCCCCUCCCUUGUGGACCAGGGGUGUCUCCCUCCUCCCAGUUGGGAAGCUGUGAGACUCCAGAGCCCCUGCCGGCACUCAUGGCUUUCUGAGAACGUGGACAAAGUCAGUGGAAAAGCCCACCCCGUCCAGCCCUGUGCUGAGCGAGAUUCCUGCUGAGCUGCUUCUGCUUCUAGAGUGGAAAAAAGGAGCAACUUGAUAUACACCGUCCCACCAAACACACGCAAAUCCCUACAGCCCUCCUCAGCCCCCCGGAGGAGGAAUCCGUGAAAGGGUGCGUUGCCCACGAGGGCCUGGGUGUCUUCCUCCAGAGGCACCUACACCGGGCGGGGACACCUGCCCUGGGAGGGAGGUGGGGAGUUGUGCUGGGGACCUUUGAACACGUGGGCCCCCGACCUGGUGAGCUCUGUGGGAAAACCCAGGUCCAGAGGGGCACAGGAUUCCUGGCUCCCAGGGCGCCCCCAGUCCACAGGGAGACAGAGGAGGAGGUGGAGGUGUUGAAAGCGCUUUGCCUUGCGUUAUGUUUUGCUUCUUUUCUGUGUCCUCUGUUCACCUAUUAGCACAUUGUACUUGAAUUACCUCAGUUUUUUGUGACCUCAUGAGCUUUUUUGACCCCUGUAUCUCUUUUUUGGUUGGGGGUUGGAGGAAUGGGGAGAGUGUUCUUUUCUGUUGCUUGUGUAAACUAAGAGCUGGUUUAAUAGACGCCAGCCAGCCGAGGCCCUCCCCAUCCCCCGGCGACGAGCCUCCCAGGUGCAGGGAGCCGGGCAGAAGGAGCAGAGGACUCAGGAUCUGAAUGUGAGGGCCGGGCCAAGGUGGGUGCCGGGGAUGGGGGACCGGGGGCACAACAGAAUCACGGCUGGCUCUGCCCAGGGCGUGACGUCAUCGCGCCCAGCAUCGCCUCCGCCUGAAACCCUGAAACGGUCUGGAGAGAAUUCCACCUUUCCUGUGGUUUGCUGGGUCACCCAGGUCUCGGGGCCCGUGUUUCUCAGAUCCUUGCAACUGCCUGGCCCCACCUCGGUGUGCAUUAUCAUGGCCAAAACUGGUCUCUUUGCAGGCCGUUUGGGGACGAGCUGGCCUUGUGUGUUGUCCUGAUGGGGCGGGGGGUGUUGUUUUUCUAAAAGCUACCUCUUAUGUUCGUCCAGUUCUUUUGUUCCCUUCAUGCCUCCCAUCCUGCUGCUCUGCUCCCCCCGCCUCCUCCCCAGCCUCCCCUCCCUGAAUUUUUGGAAAAGCACAUUUGCAAUAUUUGUGUUCGCUUUGGGACGGGUCUUCCGUUUCAUCUCAUGCUUUAUUUGUAAGAUGUGUGUGUGUUUUUCUUUCCUUUCUCUCUCUGAGAAAGUUGUGGCUGCGUUUUUAUCUUAGGUUUUAAAAAGUGGUAUAGGGAAGCGGUUUUGGGGGAGAAGGGUUGUGAGGAAUACAGGGAAGUCGGAGGGAUGGAUGCUGCUGUGACCCCCCUGUCCCUCGGCCCCAUCCCUCCUCCCUCCCCUGCAAUCUCACCCACCAAAUCUGAAGGCCUUAAAAAUUGUGUGUUGUGGGGGGUAUGGACUGGGGAGACUGUGUCGCUAGACUGUUGAUUGGGGGUGAUAACAUAGGGAGGAUGCUAUUUUGCAACUAUAAUAAUGACUUAGUGCUUUGGAAAGGAAAAAGAAGUUAAACUUGAACUACAUGACUAGAGCAGUUGUGUUUAUAAUGUGAAGUGUGGACUCGUUGGGGGAGGGGCAGUCUGUAAGAAACCUUUGUGCACUAUUGCUGCCCUCCCCCAAUCUGGGAAGAACUGGGGACUGGCUGGCCCUUAGGGGAUCUGUCAAUCCCAGAAAACAGUAUUUGAACAGCAAGAUGUCAUGCAACUUUGGUGGGGGAAGGAAAAAAAAAGGCAAACUAUUCCAUAGACCCAGCUGACACCUCUUCCUCUCCUGCACCCUUCCCAGCCAGCCUGGGUCUCCGCCCCUGUUUGUAAAGGCUGAAAGGGUUGAGCUGAUAUUUACAAAUUGUAAUAUUUUUGUAAUAUUUGUUAGUUCCUUCAUCAGUUCUCCUGGACCUUGCCCUUUCCUUUUGUAAUGUGAAUAGGGAAAAAACAAAAAAACAAAAAAGAUUAAAAAAAAAACAAACAAAACAACCCCUCACCACCACCACCAACAAACCAUCCCUUUGUACGUGCGUGUGUGUGCGUGGGCUUAUGGUGUGCGGUUGUGUGUUAAAUCAUGCAGUGUUGUUGUAAUCUGGUGUUGCGGCUUUGGAUGGUACUCAAUCAGCCCCUGCCUGCCCCCCCACCCCCACCCCGCCAUCCCCGAAGGAUCCCGGUCGGGAGGCGGCGGGAGAGAGAGGGUCAGGCCAGGGGUUUCUGAAGGAUGCUGAGUGGGGAGACCUCUGUCCUCGGUUCACCCCUCCUCUCCCACGCUGAAGAGACGCCUCCAACGGGCUUCUUUCCCAGCUUCCUACUCAUAAAGACAAAAAAUUCUGACCUUGCCAAGGCAGCCAGGCUCCAUGGCCAAGGUGAAGGUCAGAAAUUAUCCAGAGGCUUUAGAUGUGUCUGGACACAGAGGGCUGGGGUGCUGAGGAGGUGCGAUCGGGGUGUUUUUACUUCCCUCUUCUUUGUGCCAUCUGGCCCCUUGGCCACCCCGCUGCCCUUGGCUGUGGUCCUGCUGACAACCCUGCUUGCUGCCGCCUCAUCCACCACAGUGAGCUCCUCCAGCCUGGAAAGUCCAAGUUGAUCGGGAGCCCCUUUCCUCUGUCCAGCUCCUAUCCGCCUGUCCCUUAAUGCUUUGGGUGACAUGUCCCUCCUCCUCGCCUGUGCUCCUUCCCUGUUCAGUCCUUGACUCAUUCAAAGCAUUCAAAUCCUAUGUGUAUAUAGGAUAGACACAUAUAGAGAGAGAUAUAUAUAGCAAGAGAGAGAUAUAAAAUAGUAAAUAUCAUUGCUGCUUUGGAGGAGGCCACGAAUACGGGGAAGGUAGAUUUGGGGAUGUCGCGGGGGGUGGGGGAGGCUGGGGGACCCAGUGAUUCAGUACAAUCCAGGGAUGCAAUGCGGGCUUGUUUAAUCUUUGUGCCUGAACAGUUUUUCCAUGUUUAGAAAAGACAAAAAGACAAAAAAAAAAAAAACUGCUGCAGUUUUUCACAAGUGUAUAUGGUACCCUUCUGGAUGCUAUUGGUACAACCGGCUGCUGGGGUGUCAAGGCCUUAGAGGGACAGGGCCACUUAGCUCGCCUCCUUAUAGGGGAGUGAAUGGCGCCUGGCCUUCCUGCCCUGUCCAUGCAGUGGGACAGAGGGAGGUUUUUGGCCAAUUUCCUGCAAGCCCAGCAAGGGUGGAAGCUGAGGGCACUGGAGAGAAAGUGAAGCAAAGAUCAAACUCUGAUCCUUUUUCCUCAGCCUACCUUAAUCGUUCGCCCCCUCCCAUCUCAUUUCCUCCUUCCUGGAGCUUCAUGGCAGCGGCACUUACCGGGAUAUCUCAGUGGGAGGGCAAAAAGCCAGACCAGCCCUACGGCAGUGGGAAGGAUGGAGAGGAGGAGAAAGGCAGAGCCAACCAGGGGAAGGAGUGCAAGACAGACCAGCAGAAAAGGGCUGGGGAGAGGGGGUCCAGACCCCACAUGCUGUUAGCAGCCCCACCUCCCUGAGUCCUUGGCGUCCCACUUUGCAGACAGGGUACCAGCCUCCUGGUGUGUGUCAUAGGAGUUGUUCACAUAGUGUUAUGCAUGAUCUUCGUACGGUUAAGACGCCGUGGUGGUGCACCAUGACAUCCGACCCAUAUAUAUAAAGAUAAAUAUAUAUAUAUAUGUAUGUAAAUUAUAGCACUGAGGGCUCUGCCGCCCUGCUGGACCAAGCAAAACUAAGCCUUUUGGUUUGGGUAUUAUGUUUUGUUCUGUUAUUUGUUUGUUUUCGUGGCUUGUCUUAUGUCGUGACAGCACAAGUGCCAGUCCGAUGGCUCUGUAUUACAGAAUAGUGUUUUGAAUUAAUUGAUGUUCUAGUUCAUGUCUACCUCAGCACCUCCUCUUAGCCUAAUUUUAGGAGGUUGCCCAAUUUUGUUUCUUCAAUUGUACCGGUUACUUUUUGUACAAAUCAAUCAAUUAAUCUCUCUCUCUCUCUCUCUCUCCCUUUCUUUCUCCCUCCCUCCGACCCUCUCAAUUCUAUCUGUUUCAUUUUCUCUUUCCCUCUCCCCCUUCCCCCCUGUGGCCCCAGCCCAGCCCUGAGACCCCGUGUCCUGCUUGCCAGCCCUUUCUGUCCCGGCCCCAAAGCGGUUCACCCAAAUUUGUGCGGUCCUCGUUGCAGCUUUCCGCAUCUGCCUUCGUUUCGUGUAGAUUGAUGCGUUUCUUUGUAAUUUCAGUGUUUCUGACAAGAUUUAAAAAGAAAAAAAAAAAAAGAAGAAAAAAAUGAAUUUACUGCUGCAGGUUUUUUUCUCUCUCCAUGUGUCACUAAGUGAAGUUUGUGCCUUCUAUAGCAAAGAGAAUAUUUUUUACAUCCUACUAACAGUAGAUUUUUUUGUAGUGAACAUUUUUUGUAUUUUUAUUUAUAAGUCUCAUAAGAAAAAUAGCAAUGUUCAGUUGUAUACCUUGAAUCUGCAGUUAGAAGAGAAUAAAGUUAAUUCAGUUGUCUCUGG